CGCGAGCCUCCACGCCGCUGCGAAGGCCAAGCCGAAGCCGGACUGGUCGCUGACGCCCAAGGCGAAGCGGAACUCGAUGCUUGACUUCGCCAAGGCCAUCGCCAGCGGCGAGGAGGAGCAGGGCGCGGCGCCGGAGAAGUCGCAAGGGUUCGCGAUGCGGCCGGAGUCGUCCUUCUACCAGGCGAUGUCGGACGUUGAGGCGCUCGCGGACUCCAAGUCUGCCCUCGUUAAUCUCGCGGACAACUUCGAGGGCUUCCCGGGGUCGCUUCUGGUGGACGAGAAGGGCGCCGACGCGGUGGCCGGGGUCAAGGCGAAGUACGACGUGUCUCCGGACGGCGACCUCUUCCUCCUCGCCCAGAUCGAGAUUGCCUGCCCGAAAGAGACGGCGAUGGACCUCCUCUGGGACGGGCGCGCUACGACCGUCUGCAAGAUCUGGAAGAGUCUGGUCGGGUCUCACGAGGUCGUCCACGAGUACACGCCAACCUGCCGCAUCCUGCACAUUAAGUUCGCGCCGCCCUCCCUCGGCGCCGCCGCCGCCACCUCUGCGCGCGACACGUCCGUCAUCGCAAACAAGUACUCGAAGACCAUCGUCUGCCACUCGAUCGUCUCGUCGCACAUCCCGCCGGUCGACGGCUCGGAGAACAAGAAGGUGCAGUACGUGCGAGGGGACACCAAGGUCCUCGGGUUUGUCGUCGAGCCGACCGGCCCGAAUUCGUGCUCCGUCUCGAUCGCGUGCGACUUCGCGCUCAACGGCGGGUUCGACUGGUGGGUGACGAAGCUCCUCUUCAAGUGCACAGGCGUCGCGGAGAUGGCGGCCAAGUCGACCGCGACGGAUGUCGCAAAGUGCCUCAAGCGGCUCCGCACGGCCUGCGAGGCGUUGGCCAAGGGCGAUGCCGACAUCGCGAUGUGACACCAAGCGUGUGAGGCGCAGCGAUACAGUGGGGGCGCGAGCCUCCGGGGGGCGAGAGACGCGUUUCAGCUGAGCUGCACCUCCGAGCGUCCGCAUGCAGAGAGCCUCAGGUGGCCUCCGUGCGGCAACCGGCAUCCAACCAUGCAUGAAUCGAUUCGAAAUACGCUGGGGCGCUUCUAAGUUCCUUCCCUCACCCUCCCAGUAAACGUGUUAAAGUUCUUCUCCCGUGUUGUUCAAGGUAAACGGAUGUGGGGGGAGGGUAGACAGCGCCCCAAAAUCUCCACCUGUGUAUCUCGGGCCGCA